AUGUCCAGCCCGCCUUUCACAGUUCGAGCGGUCUUCGAGUAUACUUCGGGCCACGAUGACGAUCUCAGUUUUUCAAUCGGCCAGGUGGUAACCGUCACCGCCGAAGAAGAUGCUGAAUGGUACUACGGUGAAUAUACAGAUGGGUCCGGGGCCAAACAGGAGGGCAUCUUUCCCAAGACCUUCGUUGAACGAUAUGAACCCCCGGCUCCUCCACGUCCGGCACGCCCGAGUAGGCCCAAGAAGGAACCCGAGCCAGAACUGGCCGAACCCUCCGCUACCGUGGUCGAGAGCCAGCUCCCUGCGGAACCCGAGGUUGCUCCGCAACCCCCAGUAGAGGAGCCCGAGCCCGAGCCCGAGCCUAUUGCCCAAAAACCACCUGUGCCUGCACCCCAGUCCCCUCUGGACUCGAGUACUGCUCCUGAGGCUUCAUCUUCGCCCCCUCAGCCCGCACAACCGCUACCUGCCCCUGUUGCACCUGCGGCCGACCCCGCGCCUCCUGUGGUCAAAGCCUCCAAGCCUCCACCACCAGCCGUUGCGGAGAAGCCCUCUGGCUCGUCGUUCAAGGACCGAAUUGCUGCUUUCAACAAAACAGCGGCCCCGAUUGCUCCAUUCAAGCCGGGUGGCCAGCAGCAGCCUGGUUCCUUCGUGAAGAAGCAAUUCGUUGCACCUCCUCCGAGCAAAGAUUCUUUUGUUGCUCUGCCACGGGAACCGGCUCCCAAAAUUUACAAGCGUGAGGAAGAUCCGGAGGUGCAGGAACAGGUUGCUCGUGAACCUCCUGUCUCAGAAAGCCGGCCACUACCACCACCUCCUCCUCCUCCACAGCCUCUCUCGCAAGAAAACGAGGAAGGCUCGGAGGAUCAGCCUAAGCCUACAAGCUUGAAAGACCGAAUCGCCCUUCUCCAAAAGCAGCAGCUUGAGCAGGCGCAACGUCAUGCCGAGGCUACUCAGAAGAAGGAAAAGCCCAAACCUCCUAAGAAGCCUGUCGAGCAAGCUGCUGAACCUGCGGCUCCUGCGACUCCUGCGGAAGAAACCGAAGCUUCGCCUGUUGAACCAGCCGCAACUGCACGGGAUCCUAGCGUCGACACAUUGCGAGCCAAGGCCCCUCCCAUUCAACCAUCCGCUCCCUUCUCUCCCCACGAGGAGAUUGCCAGUGAUACCAAUGAUGCCGAUUAUUCCGCCGCCGCAGACUCUGAGGAUGCGGGUGAGACCUCUACCAGCAAAGAUGAUGAGGAUGAGCGCCCGCGCCAGGUUUCAACACAUGCAGCUGAGCAAACAGGCGAAGAGGCGGAUGUUGAGGAGGACGCCGAGGAGGAAGAGGAAAUGGACCCCGAAACAAAGCGCAGAAUGGAACUUCGUGAGCGCAUGGCGAAAAUGAGUGGCGGCAUGGGAAUGAUGGGUCUUUUCGGACCACCAGGCGGUCUUCCAGGCAUGUCAACUCCUGGAGCUCGCAAGCCCAAGACUCCUGGUGAAUCGGAGAAGAAAUUUGCUGAGCCGGAACCCACUUCCCCGGGAAAUGCCCCUCCCGUCCCCAUGGUUCCUUUGCCCGGAAUGAACAUCAGUACCAAGCCUCCACCUCCUGCCGAUGUUGAGAAGGAGGAAGGAGAGCCUCUGGCGACCCCGGUCUCGGAGCAGCAUCCUCCCCGAGAGGUGCCAGAUGUAGAAGAAGCUGUUCAUGAGGGUGCUCCUCCGCGUCGCUCGACUGACAGACCUUCUCCUGUCCCUCCUGCUACUGCCCCUGCGCCACCACCUCCUCAAACGCGCCCCGUUCCGCCUCCGCCAGUGCCAGCUGAUGAGCCUGCUUCCCCUCCUCCAGUCCCGGGAGGUCGGCCUGUUCCUCCCCCGCUAAGGCCCUCUGAUGUGGGCAGCGAAUCCGACGAUGAGCUAUCUGUCCAUGCGAGGAACUUGUCCUUGAGCUCUGGUCAUCAGGGUCAACCUGCAUCCAUUCCUCCACCAGUUCCCGCACCGGCAGUUCCUGAUCGCUCUGACUCUCGACACUCCUCGACCUAUGACACGACUCCAUCAGCUCCUGCGGCCGAACGGAGAGCCAGUCGUGUGCCUCCGCCAGUCCCAUCAAACCCUCCUGAGCCCCCGGAACAGAGCCGCGCUCCACCCCCACCUCCUCCUGGUCCACCCCGUCGACGCUCCACCGCUGACAGCCGUGGAAGUGCUAUGUCCGCUCCCCGGCAGGCUGGAGAGGAUGUGGAAGGCGAAGUCACUGAAUACGAUGGGGAUUAUGAUACCGAUAUUGCCUCUGGGGCCAAAUUCAAGGAUGCUCUACGCUCUCAUGAGCGCGACUCUAGCUUUGACGAAGGAACCAUAACGGAUGACCAUUCUCUUCAAUCCCCUCGCAGCCCCAAGGAGGCCCGCCAACCUCCCCCUCUUCCUCCGACGGCUGCUCCGAGGGGAGUUCCGCCACCGCCACCUAAUCAGCCUCCUCGGAAUGCCCGAGCUUCCAUUGAUACUCCCCGAGGGCCCCCUCCACCGCCGCCUGGUAGGGAGCCCCCUCGCAGUGGUGAGGGAGAUGAUGACUAUGACCCAUUCAAUUAUGCCGCUCCUCACCAUGGUUUGCCCACGCCUCCCAUCCCUGGGGGUCGCCCCGAGGCUCCGCCUCCUCCCCCUCCGCAGCCCAUGACCGAGAACUACGACGAUAUGUACGACGCCUCUCCUGUCCAAAGCCCUGUUCAAGAGACUCAGCAUGAGAAGCGACCUUCUCUUGCGCCACCACCUCCGCCCUCAGGUCAAGCACCUUCUCUUCCGUCUCCAUCCGUUGGUCGCGGCCAGCGGGGUUCUAUGGAUUUAUUGAGAAGCCAGCCCAGUGUCCGUCGAUCUAUGGAUAUUUCUCGGCCGUCAAUUGACCAGGGGUAUAUCGCUACUGAGAUCGAUCUGGCAGAGAACACUAUUUGGUGGACUCAGCCUAACGUUCCACCUCCUGCCUUCCAGAACCGCAAAGAUAUACUUCUCGAGUUCGAGGAGUCAUCUUCUUCGAAGCGUGGCGGCAAAACGAUCAUCUCCAAGGACAUCUAUGCCUUGUUCAUUGAUUAUUCCCAGACUGUCGUGACGGUUCAAUUUGAUGCCAAGAACCCUGCGGAUGCUGCACUUGAACAGCGUCAUGAAGGCUCCCCACUUCAACCCCGGCAGGAUCAAUUGGAACAAGCGCAUGUACAAUUCGGAGCUCGCAUCUCUGAUUCUGUCAACUCCAUUCAAAAUUCGACCGUCGGCGAUGGCACUCCAUUUGGGUUUGUCCAACAUCUCCUCGACCCUCUGUCAGAUGCACUUUUGCCAAUUGGCACUCGAGCCUACGGUGCCUUGGUAUACUCCAACCUGGCCAACGCCUCUGUGUCGCAGAAUGACGAGAUUCGAGCCGGUGACAUUGUCAGCUUCCGCAACGCCCGUUUCCAAGGCCACCGUGGCACCAUGCAUCAGAAAUACAGCGCUGAGGUUGGCAAGCCUGACCAUGUAGGCGUUGUGGUUGACUGGGAUGGUACAAAAAAGAAGAUUCGUGCCUGGGAGCAGGGCCGCGAGAGUAAAAAGGUGAAGAUGGAGAGCUUCAAACUUAAUGACAUGCGCAGCGGCGAGUGCAAGGUCUGGCGAGUGAUGCCGCGCAGCUGGGUCGGCUGGGAGUCUACGAAGUAG